CAUUCGCGUAGUAAACCUUUGCUAGAGCUGAUUAGAUAGCGGCAAUCACGUUUUGUUAUCAAGAUCUACGCGGCCAGUGGGAAGCGAACGGGUUAGUUUGUUGUUUGCCACAAUGCCUAACAGCUGCCAAUUGGGGCGCCGCCUGGCGUUGCUCUGCCUGGGACUCGGCCUGCUGCUCCGGCUGGCGGAUGCGAUGCGCUGCAAGGUGCCCUACGAGAAGGUGCAGGACAACUAUUGCUACUUCGUAGCCCACGAGAAUCCCCUGCCCAACUCGUUCAGCAACUUUUGCUACCAGGAGAAGCGCACGUCGCGCGUUUGCCUGGACAGCGAGGAGGAGAUGCGAGUCCUGGCCAAUUAUCUGUACGAGAGCGGCUACCAGAAUGGCACCCAGUUCUGGAGCGCCGGCCAUCGCUGGCCGGGCGAUUCCCGCUUCUAUUGGAAUUACUUUGGGCAUGCCCGCAGCAUGAACUACACCAACUGGCUGGAGGGGGAGCCCACGCCUCGGAUGGGUCGCAACUGCAUGCUGCUCACACUCCAGGCCGGCGAGCUCUUCAUGUCCACCGAGUCCUGCUACACCCGGGCCGUCGACAUAUGCGAGCAGCUGCUCACCAGCGAGCCAACCAUAAUGCACUGAAAGCUUUCCCGAACGACAAUCUUAUUAUUAUCGGUCAGAAGUGGAUCCUUGACAUGCUUAUCGAUUUCGCUUUGUUUAUUGUGGGUGAUUGCAAAAGUAUACAACAUGAUAUUGUAGUUAUAAAGGCAAACGUUUAUUA